AUGUUCUCCACCCAAAAGAUCAGCCUCGCCAAGGUCGCCGCCAAGGCCUUCAUCACUCCCUUGACCGUCCGCACUUUUGCUUCGUCUGCCGCCCGUAACGUCAGCAUCAACCUCCACAAGGGCUCGUUCGAGUCCUACAACUGCGAUGCCCCCUCUCUCGAUGUCGAGAUCUCCAAGGACGAGCUCGUUAGGAUGUACAAGAGCAUGGUCACCAUGAGACGCAUGGAGAUGGCUUCCGACGGUUUGUACAAGGCCAAGCUCAUCCGCGGUUUCUGCCACUUGUGCACUGGUCAGGAAGCCGUUGCUGUCGGUAUGGAGACCGCUUUGACUGCCGAGGACAACAUCAUCACCGCCUACCGCUGCCACGGUUUCACCUACAUGCGUGGUGCUUCCAUCACCUCCAUCCUCGCUGAGCUUCUCGGACGUAAGGCCGGUAUCUCUGGCGGAAAGGGAGGCUCCAUGCACAUGUUCACCCCCAACUUCUUUGGUGGUAACGGUAUCGUCGGUGCCCAGGUCCCCUUGGGUGCCGGUAUUGCCUUUGCCCAGAAGUACAAGGGCCACAAGGCCGCCACCUUCUCCCUUUACGGUGAUGGUGCCUCCAACCAGGGUCAGGUCUUCGAGGCCUACAACAUGGCCAAGCUCUGGGAGCUCCCCGCCGUCUUUGUCUGCGAGAACAACCGCUACGGAAUGGGAACUGCUGCCAACCGCUCCUCUGCCAACACCAGCUACUUCAAGCGUGGUGACUACAUCCCUGGUUUGAGGGUUAACGGCAUGGAUGUCUUGGCAGUUCACCAGGCAGUUGCCUACGCCAAGGAGUGGACCGUCUCCGGAAAGGGACCCCUGUUGCUCGAGAUGGAGACCUACCGCUAUGGUGGUCACUCCAUGUCCGACCCCGGUACCACUUACCGUACUCGUGAGGAGAUUCAGCACAUGCGCUCCAACAACGACCCCAUCACCGGCUUGAAGCAGCGCCUCUUGGAGUUCAACAUUAUUACCGAGGAUGAGAUGAAGGCCAUUGACAAGGCUGCCCGUGUCGAGGUUGACCAGGCUGUUGAGGAGGCCAAGGCCUCUGGCGAGCCCGAUAUUUCCGAGUUCUGGACCCAGAUCUACCAGAAGGGCUCCGGUGUCCCCACCGCCCGCGGACGUGAGCCCGAGGAGUUCCACCACUACUAA